AUGGCUAUUUUCCGGCUGUCUCAAUUGCUAGUGCAAACUAAGAAGCUCUCCAAACAUGUACAUUUUAUUCUGCGAAGGCCAGCAACUACGACACCUACUGGUGCUAUUCUGCCCGAACCCGAGAAAAAACCUUUUGGACUUUUGAGUAUAGUAAUGGCUGUUAUACCAGGUUUACUUAUUGGAGCAGCUAUUAGUAAAAACAUUGCGAAUUUCCUAGAAGAGAAUGAAUUAUUUGUGCCCUCGGACGACGAUGACGAUGAUGAUUAA